CGCUGAUUGGCUUUCUGGACGGCGCCUGUCUCGGCCCCCGCGCCAGUUUCGGGCUGGUUGGCGCGGAAUCAGGAGGCUGCGGGACCAUGGCCCCCGUGCACGGCGAUGACUGCGAACUGGGGGCGAGCGCUGUGUCAGAUUCAGGGAGUUUUGUAGCUUCUCGAUCCCGGAGAGAGAAGAAAUCAAAGAAAGGGCGACAGGAAGCUCUGGAAAGACUGAAAAGGGCUAAAGCUGGUGAGAAGUAUAAAUAUGAGGUAGAGGACUUCACAAGUGUUUAUGAAGAAGUUGACGAGGAACAGUAUUCAAGGCUGGUCCAGGCCCGCCAGGAUGAUGACUGGAUCGUGGAUGACGCUGGUAUUGGCUAUGUGGAGGAUGGCCGAGAGAUUUUUGAUGAUGACCUUGAAGACGAUGCCCUUGAUUCCCAUGAGAAAGACACAUGCAUUGAGACUGUUUUUGGUGAAUUUAUUGAAAGAAAAGGUGAUAAAGCACGCAACAAAGACAAGAGGAAUGUCAAGAAGGCUUCGGUGACAAAACCGAACAAUAUCAAGUCAAUGUUCAUUGCCAGUGCUGGGAGGAAAACCGCAGAUAAAGCUGUCGACUUGUCCAAGGAUGAUCUGCUAGGUGACAUUCUACAGGAUCUGAACGCUGAGACACCUCAAAAAACUCCACCACCUGUAAUAAUACCGAAGAAGAAAAGAUCCAGUGGUGCUUCACUGAAUCCUUUCUCUGUGCACACCCCCAAGGCAGCUCCUUCAGGAAAAACCGCUUCCCCGGUCUCAAGGAAGGAGCCUUCAUUAACUCCUGCGCCUCGUAAAUGUGCCGGAUUCGCUGGAGCGUCGGCGCCGGCAUUGUGUACAGAUGACAAUCAGGAGUCAGGGCCAAUGGAUUUUGAAGAUGGCGACUUUGAUGAGCCCAUGGAAGCUGAGGAGGUGGACGUGGAGCCUGUGGCUGCCAAGACUCCGGACCAAGAGAGGGAGCCAGCAGAGGGGGCGAAACAGGAGGCAGAUCCUGGGAAAGGGACCACAUCCUACUCAGCAAGUUUUCUCCCAGAUGUCUCUUGUUGGGACUUUGAUCAGGAGGAUGACAGCAGUUUCUCAGCCCCGGAAGUUCAAGUGGAUUCCAAUCACCUCCCACUGGUAAAAGGGGCAGAUGAGGAACAAGUAUUUCAGUUUUAUUGGCUGGAUGCUUAUGAAGAUCCGUACAGCCAACCAGGUGUGGUAUUUCUGUUUGGCAAAGUUUGGAUCGAAUUGGCUGAAACCCACGUGAGCUGUUGUGUCAUGGUGAAAAACAUUGAGCGAACGCUCUACUUCCUCCCCCGUGAAACGAGAAUUGAUCUAAAUACAGGGAAAGAAAAUGGAACUCCAGUUAGAAUGAAGGAUGUUUAUGAUGAAUUUGAUGAGAAAGUAGCAGCAAAAUAUAAGAUUAUGAAAUUCAAGUCCAAGGCAGUGGAAAAGAACUAUGCUUUUGAGAUACCUGAUGUUCCAGAAAAAUCUGAGUACUUGGAAGUUAGAUACUCGGCUGAAAUGCCACAGCUUCCUCAGGAUUUGAAAGGAGAAACGUUUUGUCAUGUAUUUGGGACCAACACAUCCAGCUUGGAACUGUUCUUGAUGAACAGAAAGAUCAAAGGACCUUGUUGGCUCGAAGUAAAAAAUCCACAGCUCUUGAAUCAGCCAAUCAGUUGGUGUAAAUUUGAGGCAAUGGCCUCGAAACCUGACCUGGUGAACGUGGUUAAGGAUGUUGGUCCUCCUCCACUUGUGGUCAUGUCUUUGAGCAUGAAGACAAUGCAGAAUGCAAAGACGCAUGAAAAUGAGAUUAUUGCUGUGGCAGCGUUGGUCCAUCAUAGGUUUGCAUUAGAUAAAGCACCUCCACAACCUCCCUUUCAAUCACAUUUUUGUGUUGUGUCUAAACCAAAGGAUUGUAUUUUUCCAUAUGAUUUCAAAGAAAGCAUUAAGGAAAAGAAUGUGAAGGUUGAGGUUGCUGCAACAGAAAGAACACUGCUAGGUUUUUUCCUUGCAAAAGUUCACAAAAUUGAUCCUGAUAUCAUUGUGGGUCAUAAUAUUUAUGGUUUUGAACUGGAAGUGCUACUUCAGAGAAUUAACGUGUGCAAAGUUCCUUACUGGUCCAAGAUUGGUCGGCUGAAGCGAUCCAACAUGCCAAAGCUUGGGGGCAGGAGUGGAUUUGGUGAAAGAAAUGCCACCUGUGGCCGAAUGAUUUGUGAUGUGGAAAUUUCGGCAAAGGAAUUGAUUCGUUGUAAAAGCUACCAUUUGUCUGAGCUUGUUCAACAGAUUCUGAAAACUGAAAGGGUUGUAAUCCCAAUGGAAAAUUUACGAAAUAUGUACAGUGACUCUUCUCAUCUGUUGGACCUGUUGGAGCACACCUGGAAAGAUGCCAGGUUCAUUUUGCAGAUCAUGUGUGAGCUAAAUGUUCUUCCAUUAGCAUUGCAGAUCACUAACAUCGCUGGGAACAUUAUGUCUAGGACGCUGAUGGGUGGACGAUCCGAGCGUAAUGAGUUCUUGUUGCUUCAUGCGUUUUAUGAAAACAACUACAUUGUGCCUGACAAGCAGAUUUUCAGAAAGCCUCAGCAAAAACUGGGGGAUGAAGAUGAAGAUGUCGAUGGAGAUACCAGUAAAUACAAAAAGGGACGUAAGAAAGCAGCUUAUUCUGGAGGCUUGGUAUUGGACCCCAAAGUUGGUUUUUAUGAUAAGUUCAUUUUGCUUCUGGACUUCAACAGUUUGUAUCCUUCCAUCAUUCAGGAAUUCAACAUUUGUUUUACAACAGUGCAAAGAGUUGCUUCAGAGACACAGAAAGUUUCAGAGGAUGGAGAACAAGAACAGAUCCCCGAGCUGCCAGAUCCCAGCUUGGAAAUGGGCAUUUUGCCCAGAGAGAUCCGGAAACUGGUAGAGCGGAGAAGACAAGUGAAACAACUAAUGAAACAGCAAGAUUUAAAUUCAGACCUUGUUCUUCAGUAUGACAUUCGACAGAAGGCUUUGAAGCUCACAGCAAACAGUAUGUACGGCUGCCUGGGAUUUUCCUACAGCAGAUUUUACGCAAAACCACUGGCUGCUUUGGUGACAUACAAAGGAAGGGAGAUUUUGAUGCAUACGAAAGAGAUGGUGCAGAAGAUGAAUCUUGAAGUUAUUUAUGGAGAUACAGAUUCAAUUAUGAUCAACACCAAUAGCAUCAGUCUGGAAGAAGUGUUUAAAUUGGGAAACAAGGUGAAAAGUGAAGUGAAUAAGUUGUACAAACUGCUUGAAAUAGACAUUGAUGGUAUUUUCAAGUCUCUGCUACUGCUGAAGAAAAAGAAGUACGCUGCUCUGGUUGUUGAGCCAACAUCGGAUGGGAAUUACAUCACCAAACAGGAGGUGAAAGGAUUAGAUAUAGUUAGAAGAGAUUGGUGUGAUCUUGCUAAAGAUACUGGAAACUUUGUCAUCGGCCAGAUUCUUUCGGAUCAAAGCCGGGACACUAUAGUGGAAAACAUUCAGAAGAGGUUAAUAGAAAUUGGAGAAAAUGUGCUAAAUGGCAGUGUCCCAGUGAGCCUGUUUGAAAUUAACAAGGCGUUGACAAAGGAUCCCCAGGAUUACCCUGAUAAAAAAAGCCUACCUCAUGUACAUGUUGCCCUCUGGAUAAAUUCUCAAGGAGGCAGAAAAGUGAAAGCUGGAGAUACUGUGUCGUAUGUCAUCUGUCAGGAUGGUUCAAACCUCACCGCGGGUCAGAGGGCCUAUGCACCCGAGCAGCUGCAGAAGCAGGACAAUUUAAGCAUUGACACCCAGUACUACCUGGCCCAGCAGAUCCACCCAGUCGUGGCUCGAAUCUGUGAGCCAAUAGAUGGAAUUGACGCUGUCCUCAUUGCAACAUGGUUAGGACUUGACCCCACCCAGUUUCGAGUUCGUCAUUAUCAUAAAGAUGAAGAGAAUGAUGCCCUCCUUGGUGGCCCAGCACAGCUCACGGAUGAAGAGAAAUACAGGGACUGCGAAAGGUUCACGUGUCCAUGCCCUACUUGCGGAACCGAGAAUAUUUAUGAUAGUGUCUUCGAUGGUUCGGGAAUCGAUAUGGAGCCCAGCUUGUAUCGUUGCAGCAACAUCACUUGUAAGGCCUCACCUCUGAACUUUAUGGUGCAGCUGAGCAACAAAUUGAUCAUGGACAUUAGACGUUGCAUUAAAAAAUACUACGAAGGCUGGUUGAUUUGUGAGGAACCCACAUGUCGAAAUCGAACUCGGCACCUUCCCCUUCAGUUCUGCCGAAAUGGACCUCUUUGCCAAGUCUGCAUGAAAGCUACACUUCGACCAGAGUAUUCUGACAAGUCCCUGUACACCCAGCUGUGCUUUUACCGGUACAUUUUUGAUGCAGAGUGUGCACUGGAGAAACUUAUUACCGAUCAUGAGAAAGAUAAAAGAGUUGACAUUUUUCAGAUGAAAAAACAACCUGAAAGAGAUGAAAUGACCCUACUGAGGCAGCAAAGCUGCGAGCCUAGCCUUCUUUCCACUGUCACAGCGACCCUGCUCUUAAUCUAGCAGGGAAACUUCGAUCAGAAGGCAAAUAACUCUAACACAAGGGGAUGGCAUGAAGUGCUGUGGGAUCUCCACAGUUAGCUCCGGGAAGGAUUCUCAGUGGAGAUGGAACCUGAAUUGGGCCUUGAAGAGCAGAUGAGAUUUUAAUUGGUACAAAUGCUGGUGUGUAGUUUGAGACUAAGUUUUCUUUCCCACUAUUCUUUAAGUGCUCUAUUGCUGAUCUAGCUUUUAUAAAUCAAAGUACCUCAUUUGACAAAUGCAUGAUAAUUUUUAAAACACAUUUGAAUUGUAGGUUUAGUCAAAAAGCACUUAUUAAGAGGCUAGUCUAUGCAAAGCUUUAAACCCAAGACUGAAAGCUGGAAAGUUGGAAAGCUGGAAAGCUGUUCGCUCUUCACUCCCCGCUGUAACCAGUGGUGCUGCUUUGAAAGAAGUUGACUCCAUCCUGCAAGAUACAUCUAUCAGAAGUGUAUCAAGGUGUUUUCCUAUCUUAAAUAAUUUAACUCAGGUAUAAUAAUGUAAGUAUUUUGACAUGAAAAUGUUACAUACUAUGAUAUAUCCACUUAUCUUAAAACAGACAUCUUUAAAAGAAAGGAAUAUGGUAAGACAAAACAAAACAGAAAUAGGAAUUAAAAGAGAUGAAUGACAGAUGGAAUUAGUUUUAUUUAGAAGAUAAAAAUAAAAUCCUAUUAGCAUUAUGACCAGAGAAUGUAAAAAUGUUUUACUUGAAGCAUGAUUAGUUUUUUUAACUGUCAUCAUGAUGAAAGUUUAGACAUACAUAGGGCCUAUUUAUGGAGUAAAUGUUUGCUGCUAAAAUUAUUCCUAUGUUUUAUUGGUAUAUUAUAUAUUGUCUUGCCCAAAAAGAAGUAGAGGCUGAAAAAUCAGUGAAAUCCAUGGUAAAAGAGAGGGUCUGAACCAACCCUGUCCUCAGGAAAUUAUCCAACAGAGCACACAUUGGUCUCUCUUAGUAAAGGCUUUAUCACUUUUAACAAAUGUGCCACAGGAAAUUUAUUAGUAUGCUACAAAGAAAUUUUCAAAAUAAUUAAGACUAAACUACACUUGUCAAAAUAAAUGAAUGAAAUACAAUUUUGAAUCAUCUUUCUUCACUUAUUGCUCAUUUGCAUAAUUUAGUAACUUACACAGGAGUCUUUCAGUUAUUGGUGUGAAUUAGCAAGGUUCUGCUAUUCCUUGUUGUACGGGCGGGAAUUAUGCUACCAUGUAAUUAGCUAUUCCAGACAUGGACUAACGGGAAAUAGCAAAGGGCACAGCAAAAUCUAAAGAGACAAGGCAGGGAAUCUAAAGAGAAGAGACAAUCAAAGACACCCAACAAACUCAAGCUGGUAGACCACAGGGAAUUUUGAAUGAAGCCUCUUAAUUUAUUUUGAGAAUAAGGAAUCAGUAGUAUGAGAGAAAUCUCAACAAGAUUAGCUGACUAAGCCUACUUAAAAAAAAAAAUCUCUAUAGUGCAUGGUGUGCCAGGUUAACCACUCCUGUUUGUUAGUCUGUAUACAGCUCAACAAAUAGCCGGCAAAGCCUUUCAUGGGUAUAUAGUGGCUUUCCAUUGAGGUUUUCACUCUUUGAAGGAGGUCAUUUAUACCAAUGAGAUCUGUAGAUGCAAAUUGCUUUCCCUAUAUGUGAGGGGGUCAUUCCUUUCACAGCAGACUUGCUCAUCUCUUUUAUAGAGGUUUUGUUAUUUUUCUCCUGCUCCCAAAGGAAUGAUGGGAAUCAUGGCCCCCCCCCCCAACCCCAACCCCCUCAUCUAACUUAGCAUCCAAAUCUUUUCCUUCCAGCUCUUUGAAACUUUUGUGUGCUGAUCUUUGGGAAGAAAACAAACUGUUGGCAGCAGCCCUUAGCCCUGAAUUAGGAAACUUUUUUCCUUCUUUCAACCUGAAAUAUCAUUUUUAGAUUUGCCUCUCUUUCUCACCUAAUUCUAAGAAAAUUUCUUGCUCAUUGCAGCAGCAUGUCACUGUAACAUGCUAGGGCAUGUGGGAAAUUCUUGGAAGCAGUGUCCUGAAAAUGUCAUUUUUACUUUGGCUCCCAGAUAAUGUAAGCUUAUUGGAACUAGAGGAGCAGAGAAGUGAAGGGAUCUGUUUAAGAGUUAGCUGUGGAAACCUAACUUCUGAUCCCGUUACUGAAGUGGAGGGAAAGAUAAUAUUUGUCUUUUGCCUAAGCUUUUAAAGAAUCAUACAAACAAUCAUAGGUUUUAGCCUAUAGUGUUCAGGAGUCUUAGGGAGAAGGGUUUCAGGCACACUGUGGGAGCACUCUGUAAAUAUUUGUUGUUUGUUCCUUCCUUCCUUCUGCUAGCAUUUUUUGAGCACCAAGGAUGCUGACCUAGGCUCCUGAAAGGCAGUAUAGAGUGGUGAUUAAAAGCCCGCUCUCUGGAGCCAUAAUGGCCACUUCAAGUUUUGGCUUUCCACCUCUUGCUAAGUAAAUAACUUUGGGGCAAGUGACUUUACCCCGUGCACCUCCCCUGUAUAUCUGGGAGGAAAGUAGCACCUGCCUCAUAGGGUUCAAAUUAAAUGGGAUAAUAUGGAAAUAGGGUGAUAUGUAAAAUGCCAUAGGGUGAUAUGUAAAAUGCCUAGAAUAGUGCCAGGCACAUAGUAAACAUGCAAUAAAUAUUUGGUUUUAUUAUUUCUGAGAAUAACACUUUAAACAAACCAUUGUGAUAGUACUUAGUAUUACUGUUACUCUAUCUGAAUUGGUUUCUGUAGCCUCUCAUCGACCAUGGUUUUUUGUUUAUAUUUGUAUCCCCAGAAUCUGGCACAACACUGCAACUGGGUGGUUGCGAUAUGAAAAAGGCAUGGUUCCUACUCUCAAGGAGCUUAAAAUCAAUCGUGAUAGCUGUCAUUUAAUUCUCACUGUCAGUACUAAUGGAAGGGGUUGAAACACAAAUAAUCCACAAAUCAUUUCCAUGUUGUUUACAUGUGUCCCUUAUCGGUAAUAACUGUUACCUGUUUUCUAAGGAGGGUACAAAAAUAGUUGUACUUGUGUGCAGAAAUUUGGCCAAGUUCCCUAAUCACAUACUUUAGCACAUUACUUCUUAACAACCAGGGUGUAUCUUUUACACUUUCUAAAAUGAUAGGUACCUGGAUGCCACCGCCAGGUAUCUAGUUCAGUAGGUCCGCAGUAACUCUGAUGCACACCUAUAGUAUUGAGAAUCUCAGAGUUAUGAAACUCUUCAAACUUUGAUAUUGCUUCAUGCCAAAUAUGCACUAAGUUUGACUUUGUUAUAGAAAGGGAGAUUGGGUGGCAUCUAGAUAAUUUAAAUAGACAGUGGAAAGGAAAAUGAAGUCAAACACAUGAAUCUAGAUAAGGGAAUUAUUUAUGGUGCUAUAUGAGCUAAUAUAGGAUUCAAGAAUAAAGCAAAGGGGGAAAAAUGGGCUAGGGAAAAGUAAGCUGGAAGAAACUGGGUUUUGGUGAUGAAUGAAGGAAUAAAUGCACUUCAAAAUUGGCAACAAAAGCACAUGUUAUUUUCAACAUUAACUUAUAUCAUGAAAGUAGAAAAGGGCCACCGUGAAGGGUGGGGAAUAUUUAAAGAGACUAGAUGGGUGACUGGGAAGUAUUGAGGUAGAAGCUAUCCCAACCCUGGCAUUUUAGGCGUCUCCACAGUUGGGAUUCCUGGGACCUUUCCCACCUCCUGUCGUCUUUUCCUUACCUCUGGGCCCAGCUGGCUGAGUCCUGGUAGAUCAGCCCUUUUCAGUUUCACUUUGCUGCCUGUCACCCGAAAGAUCUGGGACCAGGUGGUAGUCCUGGAGGCAUUGGAAGCACAUGUCUGGGCACCAUGGUCAUAGUUGGGCUUACCUUGGGUCUCCAGGCAGGACAAAUAGCUUGGCUAGCCGCAUUUCCCAGCAUUGGGGUGUUGGAGCUAGAAAAGAACCUCCGAUCAGCCUUAUCUCAGGCGAUUGGUUUCAGAUCAGCCCCCUUUUGCCUAAAAGGAUUGAGACAGCACCUCCAUGGCACCUGCAGUUUAGACCCCUCCCUGAGCAGACCUUGACUCCACCAUAGCUACCUCCCCCUGCUCAUGGGUUUCCCCUGCCUGAAUUGCCCACCUCAGUCCCGUCUCUCCCUGUUGGUAUUCUAUUCAUCCUUUAACGCCUCCCAGCUAGAAGUGAUCUCUUUGUCCUCCAAACUCCUGCAGCUCUUAAGCACGGCCCCUCAUGCAUUAUAACUCUUUGAGGAUGUGGACCAUGCUUGAUAUGUUAUUGUGUGUCUGGUAGCAACUUGCACCUGAUAGGCACUUAAUAAAUAGUAUGUGAAAUUGUUUUCUAGAAUACUUUAGAGUGGAAGCAUAAUACUUUGUUUUUUAUAAAAUACCUUAAUGUUUAUAGAAUACUUUUCUGACUCCCUCUUCUCUUCUCUCUUUGCCAUUGUACCCUCCAAGUGUAUGAUAAAACUUUUUCCAUCCAUGUAUAUCCAUACAUUCAUCAGACAUUUAGCCCAUGCCCUCACCUCACUCCACAUGGACUUGAUUUCCCACCCAAAUUUACCUAGUUUGUGAUAAUUCCUAAUAGAGUUGGGCUGUAUUUCCAUGCACCACAGGAGGUGGCAUAAAUUCCAGACUAGAAAUUUCUUUGUUCAAAUCUUUAGGUUAUGUAAAUCAAACGGACGCCCUACUCAAUUAGUAGAAUGAAUCAAAAAGUCCAAAGAUUGACUUUAUAUGAGGACCGUCUCUGCCUGCACCCACUCCUUGCUGUCCAGUACCUGUAUAUGGAUCAUAGCAGCUGGCCAGUUUGCUCUUGGGUUUUUUUAGUGGUUCACAGCUCUAGCUCUUUUUUUUUAUUUUUUAAAUUUAAAAAAAAAUUAUCUAUGGUUCUAUUUUUUAAAAUUUAUUUCUUUAUUUUUAAUAUUUAUUUAUUUGUUUAUUGACUGCAUUGGGUCUUCAUUGCUGCACGUGG